AUGUCUGCAUCGGCGAAUCAAUACUACAAGGUCGGGGUGUUACUCUUUCCACGAGCUGACAUUCUCGAUUUCACCGGUCCAAUGGAGGUGUUAUCCCACGUCUCCCAUAAUCAGAACCCCGAUGAUCCUGAUCGCAUGUUUGUGACUGAGACCAUUGCUAAAGCGCCGACUGUUCGUGCCAACAGCGCACUGACAAUAAGCGUGGACACGACUCUGGCGGAGGCAGUCAACACCCUUGCGGACUAUGAUAUGCUUAUUGUCCCCGGGGCUCCUCCGUCCGUGAUCCAACCCAUGGUUGAGUCAGGAACCGCCGAGAUAGACCUCAUUCGCCAAUUUGCCCGCCUCUCAGCUCCAACUUCAGAGAAACCCCGGGUCUUGUUUUCGGUCUGCACUGGCGCCCUGCUGCUCGGGGCAGCUGGGAUCUUGAGCGGGGCUACUGUAACGACGCAUCACCGAGCAGUAGACCUCCUUCGUGAAGUUUGUUGCCGGUUCAACGCCGAGGGCGCGCCCCAAACAAUCGCAGUGUAUAAGCGCUACGUUGAUUCUGGCCCUAUCUGCGGUGGUGCUGUUCGCCUCAUUACGGCCGGAGGGAUAAGCUCAGGCCUGGAUGCAACUUUCCAUCUUGUUCGAGAACUGGCAAGUCCCGAGAUGGCUGGGUUUGUGUCACGCGUCAUGGAGUAUGAUUGGGUCGCGUUCAAGAGCUAA